AUGAGCACCAAGGACGUCUCUCACUUGUCCGACAUUGGCAAGAUGCCGAGCAGCAGCGACGGUUCGUUCAACCGCAAGCCGUCCACCUUCCGCAACUUCAUCGAGAAGGGUGGAAAGUUUGAGCCCGAGAAAGGCCGCUACCAUCUCUACGUCUCGUAUGCCUGCCCGUGGGCGACUCGCGCCCUGAUCAUGCGCAAGCUCAAGGAUCUCGAAGACUUCAUCGAUGUCUCCGUCGUCUCCCCGCGGAUGGGCUCCGACGGCUGGCCCUUCGCCACCGCGGACGCGUUCCCGGACGCCGACGCGGACCCGCUCUUCGGCGCGCAGCACAUCAAGGACCUUUACCUGCGCGUGAACCCCGAGUACGACGGCCGCUUCACCGUGCCCAUCCUCUGGGACAAGCACACGGGCGCGAUUGUGAACAACGAGAGCUCCGAGAUCAUCCGCAUGUUCAACAGCGCAUUCAACGACCUGCUCCCCGGGGAUGCGGCCGCGCGCGACUUCUACCCGGGGCCGCUGCGCGCGCAGAUCGACGAGGUGAACGGCUGGGUGUACGACACGGUCAACAACGGCGUGUACCGCUCGGGCUUCGCGACGUCGCAGGCGGCGUACGAGACGGCGGUGCGCGCGCUGUUCGACUCGCUCGACCGCCUCGAGGGCAUGCUCAAGGGCAAGGAGUACAUCGUCGGCGACCAGCUGACCGAGGCAGACAUCCGCCUCUUCGUGACCAUCAUCCGCUUCGACCCUGUGUACGUCGGGCACUUCAAGUGCAACAUCCGCACGAUCCGCGACGGGUACCCCGAGCUCCACCGCUGGGUGCGUAAGCUGUACUGGACGGUGCCUGCGUUCAAGGACACGUGCAACUUUGCGCACAUCAAAAUGCACUACUACUGGUCUCACCCGAUGAUCAAUCCGCACAGGAUCGUUCCCGUUGGGCCCAUCCCUGACAUUCUGCCUCUCGACCAGUGA